AUGCGCGAUCUUCGUGAUCUACACCUUGCAAGUCGACGGAUUGCUCGUAGGCACAGAGUCCGCAUUGCUACCUAUUUCAGGCUUUGCAAUAGAUCACUGCGCAUCCUCAUGGACCUUCUCAGUCCUCAUGAACUGCGCCAACAAAUUGCGUCUGGACUGGAGCAGUUACGGGAGCGAGAGUGGCUUGAUCAAGAACAACCUGGGGAAUUUGAGCCCAUUGUCGUUGAUUUAAGCUAUGUGGAGCUUCCAGAUUUUGAUGACGACCUGGAAUCUGACGUACUGAUCUGGUCAUGA